UGGGCAUCGAUUGCAGAAGCCGAAGCUCUUAGCGCAGCCGGUUCCUGGCAGCCAAUCGUGUGCGAGUGACGUCACUGCCCGCCGCCACCGCCCCGCGUAUAAAAGGCCAUGGUCAUCGCUUUCCUCCUCGCUUUACACAGUAUGGCCGGCGAUAUUAGCUAGCGCUCGCUCUACCGCUUUCUCUGUAACAGGGGAAUAAAACGGGAUAACAAGAGACUGUACCGGAGAACAUCACUGCCCAUCAAUAUAACACACAGGAACACCCUAACAAUCUAACCGACUCCAAGCUCAUCAUCCCAAGCCAUCCAACACCACCCGCCCCGAGCCACGGACACUGGUUAAAGAAUAUUCCAGAGCUAGUCAAGAAGCUCACGCUUGUUUAUUAGUUUAUUUUUAUUUCUUUCUAAUAAUAAUAAUAAAAAGGCUCAGCAGUCAUAGUAACAGUAACCGUAAGCUGAGCGGCCGAGGGCACUCCGCCUCACUAGAUCUCUGGCUGUUUUCCGUUUCUGUAAAUCUCGUUUCUGCGCUGUCGGUGGGUCUCGCCGCCCCCGGGGCCCGGAUCAUGGAGGAGAGCUCCGCGCACUUCUUUGAGGGGACGGAGAAGCUGCUGGAGGUUUGGUUCAGCCAGCAGGAUGAGAGCAAAGGGUCCGGAGAUCUCCGGGACAUCCCAAGGUUUGAGUGGGACAAACUUUUGGAGAAUGUGCAUUGUUUGAUCAUCAGUGUGACGAAAACUGACAAGCAGGAAGCUUAUGUACUCAGUGAGAGUAGCAUGUUUGUCUCCAAGAGACGUUUCAUUUUGAAGACAUGUGGUACCACCCUCUUACUGCAAGCACUGGUUCCCUUGUUAGAGCUCGCUAGGGAGUACUGCGGUUUUGACGACAUUCAGAACUUCUUUUAUUCACGUAAAAACUUCAUGAAACCAGACCAUCAAGAGUACCCACACAGAAAUUUCCAGGAAGAAGUUGAGUUCCUAAAUGAAAUUUUCUCAAAUGGGGCAGCUUAUUGCAUGGGACGCAUGAAUUCUGAUUGCUGGUACUUGUACACCCUGGAUGUUCCAGAUGGAUUUUUAAUCAAUCAACCAGAUCAGACACUGGAAAUUCUGAUGAGUGAGCUUAACACAGAAGUUAUGGACCAGUUCUACAUGAAAGAUGGUGUUACUGCAAAUGAUGUCACUCGUGUGAGUGGAAUUCGUGACCUGAUACCAGGUUCUGUCAUUGAUGCUACAAUGUUCAGUCCUUGUGGCUAUUCAAUGAAUGGGAUGAAAUCAGAUGGAACUUACUGGACGAUUCACAUCACCCCAGAGCCAGAAUUUUCAUAUGUUAGUUUUGAAACUAACGUAUCGCUAACAAGUUAUGAUGAUCUGAUUAGUAAAGUCGUGGAUGUUUUCAAGCCAAGGAAAUUUGUGACAACACUCUUUGUUAAUCAGAGCUCCAAAUGCCGUGCAGCAUUUAGCUGUGCACAGAAGAUCGAAGGCUUUAAGCGUCUUGACCGCCAGUUUGCUCAGUUCAACGAUUACAAUUUCGUUUUCACCAGUUUUGCCAAGAUAGAGUCGCAGCAAAGUUGAUUAGAAAUAAUGAAGAAGAAAAAGCGUAAAAAGAAAACCAAUGGAAGAGGUGGUGGGUCCUUUCUAGCUAAUGAUUCCAGGGGCCAUGCUUUACACAUCCAUCACCUAGUAGUUGCAAGAAGCCCUGAGUAUAAUCCUAGUAAAAGUUUGAAUUGUAUUCACUAUUUUAUCAAGGAGUUAGAUAACUUGCAUGAAUGCUCUCUCCUGUGUGUUGGUAUUCUAUGCCACUCUUGCUGUGAAAUUGAAGUGCAUGUAGAUAAUCUAAACACAUACUGUAACAAAGUCUCCAUUUGUAAAAACGCACCUUGUUCUAUGUGCAGCGUUGCUUUUUUAUGGGUUUCUCCAAAAAUUCCCCACAGACAAGGUUUUCGCCCUCAUUAGUGUCUGCCCCAGGACUAUAACAAAUGGCAUAUGGUUUUGUGAAUGAAUUGCCAGGUUAAUGGAGACUGGUUCUCCACUUUUUACUGGCCAUGCAUUCUAGGUACUCGUGUGACUUCUUGCUGUUAUGGUUUUUAACCAUUUUGAGUACCUGGGCAGGAGCAGUUUAAUUCUUUGCUCUACACCAACAUUGCCACUCAAUGGUUUGAGUUUAGAAAACCUUGCAUCAUUUCAUCUUGGUCAUCUCAUUUGUUAGUACUUUUUGCCAUGUAUUUGCAUUCCUCUCUAUUCUUUGUCUGGUGAUCUGCAAGCCAAUGCAGCUACUGACCUUGAAUUGUGGAGGGAUACAAGUGACUUGAAGCCUGUGCAAGCUUAUUAUGUGGGCAAUUAAGCAGAAUGAUCUAGGCCUGUCCUGGCACAAAUUGUUACACUGGGAACCAUUUCUGAUUGUGAGUAAGCAAUAAACUGUAACACAGUCUGGAUCUUGCCUCAUUUUUGUUGCAUCAAGCAGAAUCCAUUCCUUUUCAUCUUGUCACUAAUAGGGAAGCCCUGUGACAUUGUGCAUGUGACUACUAUGCUUUAUUUGACAGUGCUGUGUCCUAAUCUUCGCUCCCUUGUGAAUUAGCGUGAUCACAAACUUUUUUUUUUUUUAAACCAUGAAUAGGUAGCGUCUUCUAUAACAUGGAGAGUUAGACAAAUCUGAACUUGAGUAAAGCUACACUUUUUGGCAAAUGUGUUUUUAGGCGUUCUGCUUGUUUUCAUCUGGCCUAAAAAAACACAUUUGGAGCUCUGAAAUGACUUGCAAGCUGUAAAUCCCAAUGUCUUCAAAUUUUUUACUUUUUUGUAUCCUUUUUGGAUAUAUUGCAGCAACGUUCCUUUAUGUAUUUAUAAACACUUUUUUUGUAGUGUUGAAGAAAAAUCUGCUUGGUUAAAUAUAAAGGUUGUUGGAGCAUCUAUGUUUUUUAAGUAUUUUGAGUGGAAGCUUCAUUUAAGAAGCUUCCUCUGAACAGUAGGUUGCUUCUGUAGGAUAAGUAGUAAAUGUAAAGUUUCUGGUGCUGCAUUUUGAGGACCAAUAUUUAAUAGUUAAUAUCUGAACAAAUACAUGCCCCUCAAGUCUAUCUGGUAUUCCAGGAAUAUUGAGUACCUUAACAUACUGCUGAUUUAUUUGAGGAGGAGACUAAUUCAUUGUAUUGCUAGGUUGGGGGGGGGGGGGGGGGGGGGGGAGGGAAAUGAUUGUCUCUCUAAAAUCUCUAGACUUUGAUCCAUUGAAAUGUACUUAAAAUAUCUGUACCACAGACCUAACGCUUCAAUAAAAAAAUAUGCGUAAA